CUCAAAAGGGUUGUGUGGGUUGGUUUUGCUGCAGGCUUCUAUGCCAAGUACACGCUGUACUAAGCUUGAAUAGUCAUGAUAAUUCACAUGGUUAAAUCUGAGGUCCAAAACUUAUUGCACCGAGUGUGUGUGUGUGCAUACACGUACUGAGUGAAACACUGUAUUGAGUGUACAUUGUUCUGGUCUCACAAUGCAGAAAUACAUGAAGGAGCAUUUUUCAGACUUUUGAGGCAAAACCAAGCCAGCUUCAAGGAGGAAAGAAACAUGAAAAGGUCCACCUACGUUAAGUGAAGGUGAGCCUUUCUCACACUUUCAGAGUAAGAAAUACUGGAAGUUACACUUAAACUACAUUGCAACAUUUGAAAAAAUGGCCAUGUUUAAGUCGCAACUGGCUUGAAUAGCUUGUAAUGAACAUCAUCAUUGGCAAAUGCAAUGGAAGAGGGCAAGGUUGAAGAUGUCCAGAGUGUUCUACGACUUAAUGUGCGAGGAUGUUUGUACACAGCCAGGCGCGAGUCUUUGUGUCGCUUUAAGGACUCAAUGCUGGCUUCUAUGUUUAGUGGACGCUUUCCUCUAAAAGUGGAUGAAUCAGGAGCAUGUCUAAUUGAUCGAGAUGGAAGCCUGUUUAAAUAUCUUUUGGAUUAUCUUCAUGGAGAAGUUCGGAUUCCUGGAGAUGAACAAAUUCGAAUUGCACUGCAGGAAGAAGCAGAUUAUUUUGGAAUCCCUUAUCCAUACAGUCUGUCUGACCAUUUGGCCAAUGAAAUGGAGACAUAUUCUUCAAGGUCAAAUAUAGAGCUUAAAAAGGCUUUGUUAGAUUUCUGUGAUUCCUAUGAUUUAGUUUGUACCAAGCCUACAGUGUGGGUCCUGCACUAUCUCAACACAUCUGGAGCCAGCUGUGAAAGUAAAAUUCUGGGUGUGUAUGCCACCAGAGCUGAUGGGACUGAUGCAAUUAAUAAGGCGCUAGGAACAAAAAUUCACAGUAAAAGCAUGUACAAAAGAGAAGCUGGAAAUAAUGUCCAAUACAUCUGGAGCUAUUACUCAGUGGCUGAACUGAAGAAGAUGAUGGAUGCUUUCGAUGCCUGGGAAGGGAGAGGUGUCAGCUACUGGAGAGUGCCCCAGGAGCUGAUUGAGUGCUGGACUCUUGAGGAACGCCCUCUGAAAGGCAGUUUGCAUCAUAUGCCACCAGUUUAUAAAAGACGACUAAUUGACUAUACUGAAGAGGAAGACUGUUUGCCAUCUAAAGUGGGUCCCAAGCCAAUCAGGUUCUCAGGUCCCUCGACAAGUACCCACAUCAAAGUCAAGAACUCAGCUUCACUAAAGGUAGCUGCUUGCAGGGCUUCACGUUCUGCAGCAGCUCUUAAACGACCCAACAGUGAAAGUCUGACAUUGCACAAAGAAGCUUCUGAAACCACAUCCACAACAUGCGCGUUGGUGCCCAGCAAUGCCCAGGUGCCCUGUGGAAGGCAGAGUGCUGGCAGUGGGACACCAAGCCAAAUGGCAUUCAAGGUGGCAGGGGCUAAGAAACCUGUAAACAGCCGGGUAGUGAAGCUGAAACGAACUCCACUUCUUCUUGUGACACCAUCUCAGCCACCGCCCUCUGUACCCAGUAAAACAAGUAAACAGGACAGUGCUGCUGGUGAAAUCCCUACUACUUCGGUGGCACUGAACAAGAAAGAACCAGCUGUAUUAGCAGAAAGUAUUAUUAAGGAUGAUAAAGUGGAUGGAUAAUGUUUGACUCAGCCUGAUAGACCAGACAGCUUUGCAUCAUCUGGUCAAAGAAGAGAUCAUCAUCUCAUGUGGUCAUUUAUCAAAGAUUAGGUGUAAAAUGGUGAUGAAAUUCAUGAAAAGCAUAUGAAGAAAUUGUUUUAAGUGAGCAUUGAAGUGUGUUUUCUUCUUUAAAAUUUUUUUAGAUGUUGGGAAGGGAGGACAAAAAAUGGAUUAA